CAAAGCGAUUCUUAGCUAGGAGAUGGGACCUCCGCUCAGAAAGUUACAAGCCGCUCUGCAAAGCGUAGAUUCCGAGGAAAAGUUAUGCAGUUUUAUCAGGUUUUCAGGAUCCAUUCCUCAAGUCCCACUAAGCGACCCACUCCAGGCCUUGGUCUCCCUGUCCUGAGGUCGUCUCCUUGGGCUGCCAUUCUGAGUGACUGCGAGCACUCUCUCAAUAUGAACUGUAUAUCAGACUUCUUCACCUAUGAGACUACCAAGUCGGUGGUUGUGAAGAGCUGGACCAUUGGGAUCAUCAACCGAGCCGUCCAGCUGCUGAUCAUCUCCUACUUUGUGGGGUGGGUUUUCUUGCACGAGAAGGCCUACCAAGUGCGGGACACCGCCAUUGAGUCCUCGGUAGUGACGAAGGUGAAAGGCUUCGGACGCUAUGCCAACAGAGUCAUGGAUGUCUCAGAUUAUGUGACCCCACCCCAGGGCACCUCCGUCUUUGUCAUCAUCACCAAGAUGAUCGUCACUGAAAAUCAAAUGCAAGGAUUCUGCCCAGAGAAUGAGGAGAAGUACCGCUGUGUGUCUGACAGCCAGUGUGGGCCUGAGCGCUUCCCGGGUGGGGGGAUCCUCACUGGCCGCUGUGUGAACUACAGCUCUGUUCUCCGGACCUGUGAGAUCCAGGGCUGGUGCCCCACCGAAGUGGACACCGUGGAGAUGCCUAUCAUGAUGGAAGCGGAGAACUUCACCAUUUUCAUCAAGAACAGCAUCCGUUUCCCUCUCUUCAACUUCGAGAAGGGAAACCUCCUGCCCAACCUGACAGCCAAGGACAUAAAGACAUGCCGCUUCCACCCUGAAAAGGCCCCAUUCUGCCCCAUCUUGAGGGUAGGGGAUGUGGUUAAGUUUGCCGGGCAAGAUUUUGCCAAGCUGGCCCGCACGGGUGGCGUUCUGGGCAUUAAGAUCGGCUGGGUGUGUGACCUGGACAAGGCCUGGGACCAGUGUAUCCCCAAAUAUUCCUUCACCCGGCUGGACGGAGUGUCUGAGAAAAGCAGCGUUUCCCCUGGCUACAACUUCAGGUUUGCCAAGUACUACAAGAUGGAGAACGGCAGUGAGUACCGCACCCUCCUGAAAGCUUUCGGCAUCCGCUUCGACGUGCUGGUGUACGGGAACGCUGGCAAGUUCAAUAUCAUCCCUACCAUCAUCAGCUCUGUGGCUGCCUUCACCUCCGUGGGAGUGGGCACUGUCCUCUGUGACAUCAUCCUGCUCAAUUUCCUCAAAGGGGCAGAUCACUACAAAGCCAGGAAGUUUGAGGAGGUGAACGAGACAACACUGAAGGGCACCGCCUCUGCCAACCCAGUGUUCCCCGGUGACCAGGCCACUGUGGAAAAGCAGUCCACAGACUCGGGGGCUUACUCCAUCGGCCACUAGGGCCUCUUCCCAGGGUCCCACUCAUCCGUAGGCUGCAGAACCUCCAACAUGCCACUCUUUCUGGGCAGAAAGGGGUGGGAUGGGGGAAGGAGACAGGCUCUCAUUUCUGCUGCUCACCCCAAAGACCACAGCCAGGUACCCAGGCCCCCGUUCAGCAGACAGGUAGUGCUUCCUGCGAAGACCUGAGUCUCAUGUUUACCCCUUGCAUGCCUCCCAUCUGCUUCCCAGGGUCCUGGGACAGCAGAAUCCAUCCCUUUCUAAAGGAUAGAGAAAAUGGUUGCUAUAGUUACGCCCAUAGGGGCCUACAAGUACCAGGUGUUUCCAUACACGUUAUCUCAUUGAGUCCUAAAAUAAUCCUAUAGGAUGUGUUUCCAUUCUUUGUUUUUGAAGAGAAGCAAGGGGUCAGGGAGAUGGAGUCAUUUGCCCCAGGCCAUGCGGCCAGAAAGUGAGGGUUUGACCCAGGUCCUUUGCCCAUAGCCUUAGGGGGAGAAUCAGCUCCCUGGUUAUCUGCCCUUUGGGUCAGUUGCCCUUCCCUGCCUUUCCCAUGGCCAGGUCACCAGGGAGCUUUCUCAGGAAUGCAGGCCCAAGUUUAGGGGAGCCCAGUGAGAUGGAGUAUAAACUCUCACUUCUGACUGGGCCAAGUCCAGCUUCAGAAGGAAAUAGGAGGUGUGACUGCCAGUGAAAUUUUCCUUGCCUUGCUGCGUAUCUCAAGCCCGAGCUGAGGAACAGGCCUUCCUUCUCCAGUUAAGCCCUCACACAUCUGGACCCUCGUUCCAGAAUCCAGAUAGAACACACACACACACACACACACACACACACACACGACAGCUGAGAAGUGGUUGCGGAACCUAGCGCCAGGCCCCAGUACAUCAGCUGUCGUUGUCUAAAGCAUUGUUGGAAAAGCCUCAGGUAGGGGCUCAGGAUGUAGCUGUGUAGGUAGUGUUUGUCUAGGAUGUGUGAAGAAAGCCCUAGAACCCACGUCCAGCACUAUACACACCGUAUGGUGGUGCGCUCGUAAUCCUAGCACUCAGGAGAUGGAGAGAGGAUGGAAGGUUCAUGUGUGGCUGCGAGUAAGUUUGAGGUCAGCCUGGGACCCCUAAAACUGUCUCAGAAAAUAAGUGGGGAGGCAUAGUGAAAUGCAAUCUCUUCUGAGCUUCCAGCCAGGUCAGCCAGCCCUGUUCCACGUGAUCCUAACCGGUGCUCGGUUAGGAGCUAACGGGGCCUCCGGAACCACCGUGUCCAGUCCUCUUGCAUACAGACCAUCAACACUGAGGCCAGAAGUAGAAAAGGGCUUGCCUUGUGUCAUCGUAGGGGCCAAUAAAGAGCUCGGGUGUCCUGUGCUCACAGAAGGGUGCUAUUGAGCAGAAGUCGGGUCCAUCUUGUCUUCAUUGGCUUAGAUGUCCUUUCUGGGCUUUUAAAGAAAAGGGGAGAUGGAAGGAAGUUCUAAAUUGCACAGGGCAAGGCUAAAGGACAGAUCAAGGUUUGGGAAAGAAGCCCCUCAAGAGGCUUUUAUGUUUUGAUUUGGGUUUUUUGGUUGGUUGGUUGGUUGGUUGGUUUUUUUAUGAAAAGACUUUGCUGUGUGUCCCUGAACGGCCUCAGUUUUACAGUCCUCCUCCUUCAACCUUUCCCCAGUUUUGGGAUUUACAGGCAAGUGCCAUCACCCAGCUGGGGAAAUACAGAAUUAGAUAUCAGAGAGGUUCAGCUAGUGCGUGAACCUGAGGUAUAAGUUUCCUUAGUGUCAGGGCCAGUCUCCUCUGGGAACAUGGGCAUGAUGGUGAGGUCUUAGCAGAGAUAAGCAUACAUGUAGACAGAGGGCUGGCCCCUCACCAGAAAGUACAGAGAGCUGUGGGGAAGGGUAGUGGGGAGGUUUCUACAGGCAUGCCUGGGCAGGCUCAACCCCAAUGAUCCCCACCCCAGGCGGAGAUGGGGUGAGAGUCCUCCACCAGGUUCAUCAACCCUUCCCUCACUCUGAUUGCUCACAGCCCCCAUCAUUAUGGGUGAUGGGGUACUGUCUCCCCAGCACAGCAUCCAGAGACCUGGCCAGGCUUCAUGUCCAGCAGAGACAUCAGUUAGGGACAGAGCACAUCCUUCAAUAAGGAGGCACACAGGCCCCCUGUGAGCUGAGACUGAGUUCACAGGAGGAGAUGGAGACGCUGUGUCCUGGAAGGGAACUGUACCCAAAGCUAGGAUAACCGCCCCCCAGGUGCCUGCGCCUCUUCUGGACCUUCCAGUAGGUGGAAAGCCCCAUUCUCUCUCUGUUCCAUUUGUCUGAAUCAAGUCCGCUGUUGUGUGCUAGCUGUAGGCUAAUAGUAGAAAUCACAGCAGCCAGCUGGUACCUGAUACCCUGUGUUUCCUCAGCGCCGUCACCAACGUCAUCACACGGGCCCUGGCCACACCUGCUGAGGGUCCUGGGGUUUGUUAUUCUUUUUGUUUGGUAGAAAAACAAAUAGACAGUCCUGAAAACUAGAGCUGGAAGCUGUGUUCACUCUCGAGGCCACAGUGCUCAACAUACAAGCUGCCAUUCGGUGGUGGGGUGGCUCACCACUGGCAAGGCUGUGGGCUAGAUGUACAGCAGGCGUUGUCUAAUCCAAUCUUCAUUUUACAAAAUAAACCAAGGCUGAGUUAGAUGAAGGAAUGGAAGUGGAGCUGACCUGAACCCAGAUGUGUGCUGCUGGGAUGUGAGAUGCUGGCUUCCGUGGUCUGUCUGCUGGGCUGUGAGAUGCUGGCUUCUGUGGUCUCUCUUUUGGGGGGAUGUCAGGAAAUUUGCUGGCUCAU